UUUAGUUCUUUGUUUUCUCUCAGCAGCACUGAAAUUUCUAGGAAGUGGAAGUACCCAGAAAAUAUAUAAUAAAACAGAGCAGUGGAAAUUUCUUGUAAUAUUUCCUAAAAGGAGCACUGAAAUUUCAUCACUUUCAAAAUUCUAGGUCCUCUCCAAAUUCUCUCCUUAAGUCUUCUCUCUUUUCAUUUGCAAAUUUCAGAUUGGAUUCGACGCAUUCUCAAAAUUACGCAAGUCUGGUUGGGGAUCAAAUCUAUUUUUCUAAUGGCUUUAGUGGACAUUGAAACGGACUCGUCAUCCUUCCCAAGUUCUUCUUCUGCUGCUGCCCGACGGAAGUAUGAUGUCUUUCUCAGUUUCAGAGGCGAGGACACCCGCUACAAGUUUAUGGGUCAUCUAUACGAAGCUUUGAUCCAGAAAGGCAUUUUCACCUUUAAGGACGAUGAAAAACUCGAGAGAGGAGAACCCAUUUCACCAGACCUGUUGAAAGCAAUAGAAGAGUCGAGAUUUGCUGUAGUCAUUCUCUCUGAAAACUAUGCAUCGUCAACUUGGUGCUUAGAUGAACUUGCAAAGAUCAUUUGCUGCAAAAAUGAGACGGGAAUGACAGUUCUGCCUGUUUUUCACUACGUGGAGCCAUCUGAUGUGCGGAAACAAAUGGGAACUUUUGCACUAGCAUUUGCUAAACAUGAAGAAAAGGAGAACAAAGAGAGGGUGGAGAAAUGGAGAGAUGCUUUGACACAAGUGGGAAGCCUUCGCGGAUGGCAUUUAAAGGAUCAUUGGUCUGAGAUAGAAAACAUCAAAGACAUUGUGGGAUGGAUAUCGCUUCACUUGAAAUAUGAUGCAUUACCAUACAUUGCCAAGGACCUAGUAGGAAUAAACUCUCGAAUGGAGGAAUUGGAGGCGCGUUUAGCUUUAGGGUCAAACGAUGUUCGCUUUAUAGGGAUUUGGGGGAUGGGGGGAAUGGGCAAGACAACUCUUGCUAGAGUUGUUUAUUAUAUGGUUUCUAUUAAAUUUGAAGCUUGUAGUUUUAUUGAGGAUGUUAGGGAAAAAUCUGAAAGAGAUGGUUUAGUUGGACUACAACAGAAACUUAUUUCUGAUAUUUUGAAGGAAAAAGAUUUGAAAAUUAGCGAUAAGUAUGAUGGAGUUAUCAAUAUCAAGAAUAGGUUAUGUUGUAAAAGGAUUCUUCUUGUCAUUGAUGAUGUAGAUAAAUUGGACCAGUUGAAAUUCUUAGUUGGGGAGCAUGAUUGGUUUGGUCCGGGCAGUAGAAUUAUCAUAACAACAAGAGAUGAGCAUGUGUUGAAAACACGUGAAGUAAAUGAAAUAUAUGAAGUUGAUGGAUUGAAUGGUGAACAUGCUCUUCAACUAUUUUCAUCAAAAGCCUUUAAAGGCAAACAUGACCUAGAUGAUUAUUUAGAGCUGUCUAACCAUUUUUUGAAAUAUGCUGGAGGCCUUCUGUUAGCUCUUGAGGUUUUGGGUUCAUUUUUGAUUGGAAAAAGUAUUGCUGAAUGGAAAAGUGCAUUAGAGAGGCUCAAAGAAUUUCCUGAGAGAACCAUUCUCCAAGUACUUAAAAUAAGUUUUGAUGGACUCCAUGACACAGAGAAGGAAAUAUUCCUACAUAUUGCAUGCUUCUUUAACCAUAGGGAGAAAGAUGGUGUAGUAGAAGUAUUGGAUAGUCUUGGCCUUUUAGCUGUUAUUGGAUUGAAGGAACUCAUUAAUAAAUCUCUCUUGAAAAUUGAUUGUAUUAAUCGGUUGUGGAUGCAUGAUUUACUUGAAGAAAUGGGUAAGAACAUAGUUUUUCAAGAGUGCCCUAAUGAUUGUGGGAGGCGUAGUAGACUGUGGAAUAAUGAGGAUAUUGAAAACGUGCUGGAAAAAAAUCAGGGAACAGAAAAAGUUCAAGCUAUGAGAAUUGUGUGUGAUAUGUUUCUUAAAAAGCAUGUGGCAACUUGGAACCCUGAUGCCUUUUUGAAGAUGUACAAUCUUAGAUUUCUUGAAGUUUUCUGGAUUCGCAAUUAUGUCCCUACACAUCUUCCUGGUGAUUUAAGAAUUCUUGAUUGGAUUGGAUAUCCUUCAAAAUCUUUGCCAUCAAGUUUCCAGUCAGACGAGCUUGUUCAACUUCGUUUGCAAUGGAGCCAAAUAGAACAACUUUGGAUAGGAAUAAAGAAUUUUGAUAAGUUGAAGCUUAUCGACUUGUCCUACUCCUUCAACUUGAUUAUAUCCCCAGAAUUGACCGGAGUCCCAAAUCUUAAGGAAUUAAUUCUUCAAAAUUGUAGAAGUUUACAUGAGCUUCACCCAUCCGUUGCAAUUCAUAAAAAGCUUGUUCAUCUUAAUCUAAGAUAUUGCACAAAUCUUGUGCGCCUUCCUAGCACCAUUUGUAGUUUGAAGUUGCUUAAUUCCCUUGAUCUUUAUGGAUGUUUAAAAUUUGUCAACUUUCCAAAGAACAUAGGAAAUAUGAAAGGUUUGGAGGUGCUUAAUUUGUGUUGGACAGCCAUAAAAGAGGUCCCUUCUUCCAUUGUUCUCCUUAAAAAUCUCAAACACUUACAUAUCCGUGGAUGGACAUUAUCUGAAUUUUAUUCUCAGCCAGCAAGUAGUCUUGAGUCGAUGGGCCCAUUAUGGACUUCAUUAUUUUCCCUGCCAACAAGUCCUGAUACAGAAAGAAUAUUAUUGCCUUCAUUUUUAUAUUAUUCCCUACCAACAAGUUCCAAUUCAGUGGGCUUAUUAUUGCCUUCCUUAUCAGGUCUGCGUUCUUUAACAUAUUUGCGUAUUAGUGACUGCGAUCUUUGGUCAAUCCCCAAUGACAUUGGCUGCUUGUUCUCUUUAGAAAUCUUAAAUCUAAGUGGAAAUAAUUUUGUUUCCCUUCCUGAAAGCAUGUCUCAACUCUAUAAUCUUCGAAGACUCUAUUUGGAGGGUUGCAAGAGACUUCAAUCUUUGGAAAAUGUUCCAUCAACUAUUAAUUUUGUAAUUGCAAAUGAUUGUAUCUCACUGGAGAGAUUGCCUGAACUGCAAUUUGAUCCUUUUAGGUUAGAUCACUCCCAUUUGAAUUUCCAAUGUCUCAACUGCUUCAAAUUGGUUGACUAUAUUCAAAGCGGUGGUAACACUUUUAAGGGACUACCACAUGUUAUUAUUCCUGGAAGUGAAAUUCCGAAAUGGUUUAACCUUGAAUGUCGAGGUGAUAACAUACAAGUGUCUUUUGCCGGGUGUGAUAAGCUAAUGGGAAUUGCAUUGAGUGUUGGUUUUGUACCCAAUGGAUCACGUCAAUAUUAUAGUGAUUGGCAACUUUCAUGUUCUUUUCAUGUCAAUGGAUUUAAAAUUGCAUAUUUCAUACAAUCUUAUUAUCUUAUGACAAAAUAUGGUAAAGUUGAAUCACCUCACCUUUGGCUGCUCUAUUUGUCCACUCACCAUUCCGUCUCCAAUUGGGGCAAAAUAUGUAGUCACAUUGAUGCCAACGGAUUCAGUCAGCUCGAGAUUAAAAUAUUAGUCGACAGCGUGGAGGUGGAGAAAAUUGGGGUUCAUUUGGUAUACAAGCAAGACAUUGAAGAUUCCAAUGAAACCAUGGCACAGUGCAUCAACAACAGCAGCACAUUGUAUGGGGAUUUGGGUGUAAUCCAUCAUGAUAUUGAUAAUUCAGACAUAGAAAGUAGUAGAAAUAAGCAAAGCCAUGAUGUGGAUGAUGGGGCUGGAUCUAGUGGAGAAGGCUACUCUGAUAAGGAACCACAGCCAAAGUGGAUUCAUAGAGUCCGAGCAUUUAUGGCUGAUUCUGAGGAUUUGAGUCAAAGGGAAAUUUUUGACUUCUUUGCUAAGGAUGAAAUGUCCAAGAAGCUUGAAUCUAUUCACGGAGGGAAGAGCAAUAGUUAUCAUGACAUUGAAGAUUUCAAUCAAACUAUAACACAGUUAAGCAUCAACAGCAGGACACUCUCUAAGGAUCUAGGUGAUCACUGUCAUGAUCUUUAUAAUUCAGCUGCAGAAGGUAGCAGAAAUAAGCGAAGCCGUGAUGAGGAAGAUGGGGCAGGACCUAGUGGAGAAGCCUACUCUAACGACGAACCACAUCCAAAGACUUGGAGGAUGUAUGGCAUACUCUAAACAAUGCAGUAUUAGGAAUGUUUCAACUUCUUUGCCUGAGGGGAUCCAAGAAACUUGAGGCCUAUCACAGUGGUAAGAGGGAAGGUUACAAGAGAAACGUUGAAGAAUUAGUCAAGGAGGGUCCCUCCUCUCAAACUUACCUUGGCACUCGCUAAACUGGUCAACAAUCAACCGAGGGUUCCUUUUUGUUGCAUGUGCCAGUGUGUGUAUAUAUGUGUGGCUUUGUUUAAUUGGUUUUAUAGAGUUCAAGCUGUGGCAUCAGUGUAGAGAAAUUAAAGAUUCUCUCGUCCCAUGCUUUUGUGCUAUUUUGUAAUCUCCUAUUUUCUUAGUGAAAUUUUCUGUUAGACACUUUUAGUGGAUGUAGGCCUAAAGCCGAACCACGCAAAUCUUUGUGUUCUAUGUGUGAUUGUCUUUUCUA